UUGACGGUUAAAAGCUCCUUUUCUACUCCAUUGCAAUUUGAUUCCAAUUCAUCGAUCACGGGUUCGAUUUUUUCUUUAGGCUAAGCAAACAUAUAUUUGUUUAUCUGGCUGUGAAAUGAGGUGGGGAUGACUGCAGAUCCUUGUUUGCGGUAGAUGAAGAGAUAUUACAGCCAUUUGAUGCUAAGAGUAAUUUUAAUGCAGCAGGCAGCAUGAGUAAUACAUCUUCAAAUGCAAACUCUGGAUACAAGUUGGAACAUGAUCUUGCUUGUCUGGCUGAAAUGUUUCCUUCUGUGGACUGCAAAGUGUUGAGGAAUUACCUGGAAAUCUUUUCAGACCAAGCUAACCACCUGUCGGUAAUCAUUGACAUGCUUCUACAAGGGGAAAGGUCAAAUCUUGAUCAAAAUGCAACUCAAGAACAAAGUGCCAUAAAACAGAAAAUAGCAAGAGAGGACUGCAACUCAUGCAGUGUAGAAGCUGGUAUAGAGGAGCUUUCGCCCAACAAAUUACAGAGAAGAGAUUCCAGCUGUAGUGACACUGACAGCUUGCCUCCAAUGUUAGGAGAGGGUGAAUUAGAUGGUAAAGCCAAAGUGUUAGGUAGCAAUGAAAGUGAAUUACUUACAUCUUGUUCUGAAAACUCUGACAAGAAAGAAGUGAACACUGUUAAAUCACUAAAGUGUAAUUCAGACAAUGAUGAUUGUGACAUAGUGUUGGUAAAAAUUGUAGAAAGCUCAGCAAGAAAAUCAUUUCACCGCACUAGUAACUGUAUCAGUAAAUCAGGUACAACUUCACCUUCACGGCAUAAUGGUAUCUGUAUACGUUACAAAGGAGGCGUUUUCCAUCCGUCAAUGACCAAACCUAGAAAGCAGCAGAUUGUUGAAAUUGAUGCCGAUGGAAAAAGUUGCACAGGUAACAAUAAUACCCAGUCUCUUUCAAACAGAGAUCAGUCUAAAAGUGGCCAAUCACCUGGAAGGAAAAGACAAAGUAUUGCAAAGCCUUCCUAUUCAAAGACUUCCACAGUGGUUCAUUGUGCAGAACCUUCAGAUUCAGGCAAAGAGGUGCUAAUGGUUGAAGAAAUCAGAAGUAGGAAGGAGGGGUUGUCAGCUACAGCCUCUGUAAGUGACUUAGAGAUUUUGAAAAAAGUGUUCCCUGAUGCAGACCCCAUUCAAAUUGGUUUGCUGUUAGAAAAGUAUGCCAAUGAGCCCAACAAAGUUGCAUUGGUUGGGAAAGAGCUUGGGAACAAGCCUGAUACCCAGGCCCACAGCUUGAGGAGGAAGGUUCUAUUACCAAGGGUGACGUGGUUUUGGGAGUCAGGCGACAACAAGUUGGUUCCAUUUACUGACUCGGAAUGCAAUGUUUUGGAAAAAGAAUUCCAAAACUGCAAGUCAGAUUAUUCUGGAGUUGCAUCUGACAAACUUGCAGCUAUUAUGCUACCAGGGUCGACCAAAAGUGUCAAAGUUAAUUUUUUCAAAAUGACAAUGGCUUGCAGCAACAAUGGCACAAAAAGCCACAUCUUUCGAGUCCCAGAAGGAAACGAGGAAAAUAAAGAGAUCAGUGGCAAAUGUUUAAUACCACAAGAAGCCCUUACAGUCCCAAAUGAUUGGCAGCAACAGAGCAAAGGUGCAGAAUUAGUAAGAGUACGUCCCGGUUCAGCUGAGUGGGAUCAUGUUCUAGGGAGUUUGAAGAGGAGUAUAAAAAAGGCAGUUGUGGUCAACGUACAGCGGGUUCAGAACAAGUGGCUCUACAGGAAAUAUGCAAUACAGCGUCAUUUGUUGAAGGAGAAAAAUGGAGUGGCAUCCAUCAAUGAAAAAGAACUGUUCCAUGGAACCAGACAAACAAGCCCUUAGGCCAUCUGGAGAGGUGAAGAUGGGUUUGAUAUGCGCUACUCUGCUGAUGGCAUGUGGGGUCGUGGUGCUUAUUUUGCCUCUGAAGCUUCGUAUAGCCAUCAUGGAUUUGUGUAUCAUGAUGCUCAAACACAACAUUUUCAGCUAUUCCUUGCCCAUGUCCUCACUGGAGAUAGUAUAUCAUUACCCCCAGACCACAAUCUCAAAAUGCCUCCACUGAAGAAGGGGUCUAAUAUUCGCUAUGACAGCAUCAAUGGGGUCGCUAAUAACUGCACAGUAUACAUUCUCUAUAAACUUGAUAUGGCAUAUCCAGCUUAUCUUAUCACAUACACAGUAACUAACAAUAGGCGAUAGAUUGCAACAAAUAGUCCUUUAACUUCCAAGAUCUGAUUGUUAAUUCUCCCCUCUAGCUAAUACACUUUAAUUUCCUUUUUAAUUAUUUAC